AUGAUCUUCCGAGCCGCUUUGCUCAUCUUCGCACUGGCAACAGCGUGCUCCAAUGCCCAUCGGAUAGAGAUAGAUCCGGGAGAGAAGGAGUGUUUCUUUGAGGUCCUUCAGCCUCAAGAUCGGAUGACGGUCACGUAUGAAGUCGGAGGUAGUAUCGGCGGUGGACGAUUGGACAUCGACUUCUUUGUGCUCGAACCUAGUAAUGAGGUCAUACACACGCACUUCAAGGAGUCUACGGGGAGCUUUUCGAUGGAGGCGUCUAGAACAGGGAGGUAUACGUAUUGCUUCUCAAAUGAGAUGAGCACGUAUGCUCGCAAGGUACUCAGCUUCAAUGUCCAUGGUGUCCUCUUCGUAGGGGACGAAGAAAAGAUCGCGCCGGUCGAGCGGGAGAUCAGGGAGCUAUCAUCCUCACUUCAGCUGGUCAAGGAUGAGCAGGCGUAUCUGGUGGUCAGGGAGAGGGUGCACAGAGAUACUGCCGAAUCCACUAACUCCCGCGUAAAAUGGUGGGCUAUCGCUCAGUCCAUCAUCCUCUUCUCCCUUUGCGCUUGGAACGUCCAUUACCUCAAGAGCUGGUUCGAGGUCAAGCGGGUCCUGUAG